AUGUUGAGCGCCGUCAGCUCGAUUGGCAAGUCGCGUCUGGAUUUCAAGGAGGGGGAUCUCGUCUGCGGCGCUUACCGGGUCAUUCUGCGGACGCCGGGGAAAGUCGAGUUUGAGCUUAAGCCGUUGGGGGCUGUUCGGGCUCGCUUGGCGAUUACGAUUACGGAAAAAGACGAUCAGAUGGUCUUCAUGAAUGAGACCUUGAUGUGGAAGCCCAAGGGGGAGAAGGGGGUGAUGCUGUUGGAGACUGCGGUGGGCAAGUGGUUGCAUGAGUUGACGGCGUGGUGGAUGGUCGAUUCGGGGGUCAAGUAUUUGAAGGAUUUGAAGAAUUGA